GUGAGUGACGGAUUAUUCUUUGGAGCCAGCCAACGCGCAACGCACACUCCUUUCGAAUCUCACGAGCUGUACGACGUCGAACCGAUCGUCAAUUGACAUCAACACACAUCGCGACGACUUCGACGACUCUCCCCUUACGACUCCGAAACCCUCCCGAAUACCACAUCCUCACACCCACGUACCCGGCGAGCCCAAGGCUCCCCAAACCAAACUCCAAAAUGGGCGGCCUAACAAACGUAAUCAACAUGUGCUCCCAUCUCCAAAACGCCUCCCGCGCACGCCUGGGUAUGACAUCCGUCACAAACACAAAGCAAAACCUCAACCUCGCCCUCGCUCUCCACCGCUCCGGCUUCGUCUCCUCCCUCUACCGCGGCGGGCCCACCCCGCCCGCCCCCGAAGACCUCGCCCGCGACCCGGAACCCGUCACCUCGGCCAACGUCGCCACGCGCCGCCUCUGGCUCGGCCUCAAAUACUGGAACAACGAGCCCGUCCUCCGCGGCCUGACCAUGGUCACCAAGCCCACGCGGCCCAUCAACGUCCACAUUGAGGACCUCGAGCUCGUCGUUCGCGGGUUCCCGACCAAGAACGGCCUCGUCAAGGGGUUGGCGCUGGGCGAGUGCCUGUUUAUUUCUACGGAUAGGGGUAUCUUGGAGGCGAGGGAGGCGCUGGCGAGGAAAGUUGGCGGUAUGGUGCUGUGCCGGGCGAGAUAAGAAGGGGAACAUGGACCUUGUUGUAGGAGGGGGAAGAAAGAUGGCCUUGGAGAAGGGGGAUUUUUGAUAGCCACUCCCUACGAGGAGAGAGCAUCUGGGCCUCGGGAAAAAAGGAGUCUUGGAGAAAAGAAGACACCACUGGGCAGGCGUCAAAGUCAGCCCGCUGCUACUCUGUAGGAGCAAUGUCCUCCAUAUACUGUACAAAAGUUGUAUUCUAGAGAAGACACGAACCCACCACAUUUGGAAGUUCUCUGUCCCGUGUCCAGCUUGCCGCGAUACCUGCUCUUGAGGAGCACAAAGCUCGAGCCUGCUUGUUAACAAGCUACCGCUCACCCGCGUAGAGAGCAUAAAAUAUUACUCACA